CCCAGCCCAUGGUGUAGCCGUACUUUCGUGAUUGCCACUGAAAGCCAUCAAGUCGUCCUGUGUUGAUUCCGCCGUCCUCUCUGUAUUCUGGUAAGUGAGGGGGUCCCGAGUCCCGACAAUGGCGGAUUCUGGAGAUUCACACUUGCAGGAGUUUCUGAAGCCCUUCAGUGAAAGAGCCUCUGAAGCAGAGGGACGUCUAUCAAGACUUGAAGCCUUGCUUGCCCCCAAGAACAAUGCUGUGAAGGAAGAUAUGUCAAAUAUUGUAAGUCAGCUCCAAAAAAAGCUAGAUGAUGCAAAGGCUGUGGCAGCACUAGAGCGCGAGCAAGCUUCCCAGGAGGUUCGAAAGCUUGCUGCUGAAAAUGUAAAGCUCCAAUAUCGAAUAACCCAUUUGGUUCGAGCAUUGACAGAGGCAAAUCGCAAGUUGGAGAAUCAAACUAGAUGAGGAUUUAUAGGGAAAGAACUGAAUGAGGUUUCUGAUUCUUGAAGCAUUUGCGUAGAAGAUGUUGAAAUAGGAAGAAGAUAUACUUGACUGAGAAUUCUGCCACAGCAUCAGUUGGACAAAAUAUCCCAUGAAUCUAUGUCCAUUUAUUGUCUUAUUAUGAUAUCUAUGCCCAUUUAUCUCCAUAGUUGCUUGUAUUUAUAGGUCAAUGGUUGAACUAAUCCUAUUAAUCUUCUGUUGGUUGAAACAACACAUAUAUUGUAGAGAUAACUGAUAACUUUAUACUUUCCAAUAUAGCAUAUCUUGUUUGGAAA